AUGUACAGAAAAUAUGAGACAUACCCAGUCCCAGACUUUGGCCCCAGGGAGCUCCCCAACCUGCUGGACUCAGUGGCGGAGCAACUGGGAGAGGCCCAGAGAAAGCGGCGUCACGCCAAGCCGGGCGACUACACCAUCGAGGUGCUGCUGGCUGUGGACGACUCGGUGGUGCGCUUCCAUGGCAAGGAGCACGUCCAGAACUAUGUCCUGACUCUCAUGAACAUAGUGGAUGAGAUCUACCAUGAUGAAUCCCUGGGAGUGCAUAUGAACAUCGCCUUGGUGCGGAUGAUCAUGGUGGGCUACCGACAGUCUCUGAGCCUGAUUGAGCGAGGGAACCCGUCCCGGAGUCUGGAGCAGGUGUGCCGCUGGGCCCACUCCCAGCAGCGUUCCGACCCUGACCACGCCGAGCACCACGACCACGCCGUUUUCCUCACGCGGCAGGAUUUUGGUCCCGCAGGUAUGCAAGGGUACGCACCCGUUACUGGCAUGUGCCACCCCCUGAGAAGCUGUACCCUUAACCACGAGGACGGCUUUUCCUCCGCCUUUGUGGUGGCUCAUGAGACUGGCCAUGUGCUAGGCAUGGAGCAUGAUGGCCAGGGGAACCGGUGCGCAGACGAGACGAGCAUGGGUAGUAUCAUGGCGCCGCUGGUGCAGGCCGCCUUCCACCGUUACCACUGGUCUCGCUGUAGCAAGCAGGAGCUGAACCGUUACAUACACUCCUAUGACUGUCUCCUGGACGACCCCUUUGAGCAUCAAUGGCCCCAGCUGCCCGAGCUUCCCGGGAUCGACUACUCCAUGGACGAGCAGUGCCGGUUCGACUUUGGUGUGGGCUAUCAGACCUGCACGGCCUUCAGAACCUUCGACUCCUGCAAACAGCUGUGGUGCAGCCACCCCGACAACCCCUACUUCUGCAAAACCAAGAAGGGGCCGCCCCUGGACGGGACCGAGUGUGCCUCAGGCAAGUGGUGUUUUAAAGGCCAUUGCAUCUGGAAGUCGUCGGAGCAAUCCUACAGCCUGGACGGGGGCUGGAGCUCCUGGACCAAGUUUAGCUCCUGCUCCAGGACGUGUGGAGGUGGGGUGCGUUCUAGGAGCCGCAGCUGCACCAACCCCCCCCCAGCCUAUGGGGGCCGCCAGUGCUCAGGAUCCAUGUACGAAUAUCAGAUCUGCAACUCGGAGGAGUGUGGGGGACCCUUCAAGGACUUCCGAGCCCAGCAGUGUGCCAAGCGCAAUUCCUACUAUACCCACAAGAAUGCCCGGCACAGCUGGAUCCCCUACGAGCACGAGGAUGAGGCCCAGAAAUGUGAAUUGAUUUGCCAGUCUGAAGACACCGGGGAUGUGGUGUUUAUGAACCAAGUCGUCCACGAUGGCACCAGGUGCAGCUACAGGGACCCUUACAGUGUAUGUGCCCGGGGAGAGUGUGUGCCUGUUGGGUGCGACAAGGAGGUCGGCUCCGUGAAGCAGGACGACAAGUGCGGCGUGUGUGGGGGUGACAACUCUCACUGCCGGACGGUGAAGGGCACCCUGGCCAAGUCCCCCAAGCAGCCAGGUUCUCUCAAACUGUUCCACAUCCCAGCGGGAGCCAGGCACAUUCAGAUCGAAGAACUGGAGAAGGAGCCCCAGACCAUUGCGGUGAAGAAUAAGGAUACUGGGAACUUUAUCCUCAACCCCAAGGGCAAAGACACUGAGAACAGAACCUUCAUUGAGAUGGGCUUGGAAUGGGAGUAUAGUGUGGAGGACUCCAAAGAAACUCUGAAGACCAGUGGUCCUCUGCCAGAAGCCGUCACCGUCCUAGUCAUCUCCCAAGGGGACAGCGACUCCAGGAGCAGCCUGAUAUACAAGUAUGUCAUCCACGAGGACCUGCUGCCCCUCAUAGGGAGCAACAAUGUGCUCCUGGAAGAGACGGAGUCGUACGAGUGGGCCCUCAAGAGCUGGUCCCCGUGCUCGAAAACCUGUGGCGGAGGGGUCCAGUUCACCAAGUACGGCUGCCGGCAGCGGAGCGGCCACCGCAUGGUGCACCGCCACUUCUGUGACCAGCAGAAGAAGCCCAAGCCCAUCCGGAGGCGCUGCAGCCAGCAGGAGUGCUCCCAGCCCUCGUGGGUCGCUGAAGAGUGGGGUCCCUGUAGCAAGAGCUGUGGGAAGCUCGGGGUGCAGACUCGGGCGGUGCAGUGCCUCCAGCCCCUCCACAAUGGCACCAGCCGGGCCGUGCACAUCAAGAACUGCCCCAGCGAGCGGCCAGAGGCCCGGAGGCCCUGCCACCGAGUGCCCUGCCCGGCCCAGUGGAGGACGGGAGCCUGGUCUCAGUGCUCGGCCAGCUGCGGGGAAGGGAUCCAGCAGCGCCAAGUGGUCUGUAAGACCAGUGACAACAAUGUGGGCCAGUGUGCGGGGGACAAGCCCGAGACCGUCCAGGUCUGUAGCCUGCCCGCCUGCCCUGGGAAGCUCCUGAGCAUCACAGCAAAGAUGGAGACCAGUGAACGUGUGACCCCCAAAGGCCAGUGGGCUCCUCGCACGGGGCCCCCCAAUCCUGUCAACAAGAUAUCAUCAAAAGAGCCUUGCUUGGGGGACAAAUCUAUCUUCUGCCAGAUGGAAGUGUUGGUGCGUUACUGCUCCAUCCCUGGCUACCACAAGCUGUGCUGUGAGUCCUGCAGCAAGAAGGAGGCGGCUCCCCACCCCAGCCCGGCCCCUGGCCAGACCCUACGUCCUCCCGUGUUCUCCGCUCCAGAAGUCUCUUCUCAGAGUCCUGAGACCAGCACGGUGUCUCCAGGAGCGAACAAGACCCUCCUUGCAGCUCCCAGCUCACCCCCUACAGUGGAAGGAGCCCCUGAACUGCAGCAGCAGCAGCCACAGCCAGAUGUCAGCAAGCCUCUAGCAAUGGAAGGAGCCCCUGAGUCCCAGCAGCAGCAGUCAGAUACCAGCCCGCCCCCCACGAUGGAAGGAGCCCCUGAGCCCCAGCAACAGCAGUCAGAUACCAGCCCGCCCCCCACGAUGGAAGGAGCCCCUGAGCCCCAGCAGCAGCCAGAUGUCAGCAAGCCCCCCACUGAGCCCCCGGCCCUGCCGCACACCAGGCCGCCAGUGACUCAGGGCAGCCUUGCUCCACAGAAGCAAAGCUGGGGACCCCUCGGGGACAGAGCCCCGGCCCUCUGGUGGCCGCCUGCUUCCUGGAUCGAGGUGCCCACCCCGUCCUCCAGUGACCACUACUCUGGGGCCUCGGCCUCUUGGGAGGAGGAACAGAAGAGGGGGAGGGUCAAUAAGAGAGCGGAGCCCCCAAGCCGAGACCUCCCGGCCACAUCUCCUAUCACAUGAGCUGCCCCUCACGUCUGGCCUUCUCUCUCACUCAGCCCAGGUUUAUGCAGUCUCUGAGCUGCCCGUGGGAACUCAGGAGAUUUACUGCCCGGAGAACACAGGGCGAAAGGCUGUUCUUAAUUAUUUAUGUAAUUGUUGUUACUGUUAUUGUUAUUUGGGACUGUGGCACUUUGGAGCCCACCAGAGGGCUGGGGGCACAGGGUCAGGAGAGAAAAACAGUCACAGCUGAGCGGAAGGGAGGUGGAUGUCCAGGGGGAAAGGCGGCAGGGGCUCCGGAGAAGCCAGAGGCACACUGGGGAGUCCCCUGGGUCAGAUACUCAGGGCGUGGACGGCCCAAGCCACGGGCACUCUCCCUCUCAGGUGCUAGCGGGGCCUCGUUGGAAGUCGGUCCGGGUCCAGACCGGCCCCAUUGCUGGGACCCCACAGUCCUUUCUCCUUGCUGUUGUCCCUGAGUCCCGGGUGGCUCUGAAGCUCCCAGUCUCCCCAGGAAGCCAAGGUCACUGCCUGUGACCAAGGGGACACCUUCCCAUUGGCCCUGGGGAGGCCCUGUGUAGGAGGCUGCGGAGUGGAGGUGUUGAACACCCCGACACUGACCGGGGCUUGCCCUCAGCUGGGAGACGUCUCAGAGACCAUCACAUUCAUCCUCUUUCAGAUGGGGAAACUGAGGCCCAGGUACACGGGCAACAAGCCCUCUAACCUCGGCCCAAUGCCUCUGUCCAUCCUGCGUCCACCUGCCUCCAGCCUUGAGCUGGCCGUGGCGGGGGUUCAGCAUGACUGAGCCCCGAGCCGUGCUCACCUUCGCCCACGUCUGCAGUGAGGGAGCCAGGCUCCCCGGCACAACCGGCUUGUGAUGCUCAUUAUUGCUUCAUUGGUGGGCUUGGAAGAGGCAUCCUGGCUCCCAGCUCCCCAGCAUCCUCUAGUCUCCCUCGCUGGCCCCCAGGGCAGGACUCCCAAAGACCCCUAUGGGUCCUGAGGCUGGGGGGCUCCCCGUGGGGCUCCAGACCCACCUGGGAGAAGAGACAAAGGCGACGCCCGGGGCGGUGGGAGCCACACUGACUGCCCGCCCUGUUGGGCUCCAGAAUGCUAUGGAGGCCGACCUUGCAUCAUUCCCGUGACGUCCCCUGGCUCGGAGUACAGAGUAGAAAACGUUGUUUCUAGCAGUCCCAAAGCUUUUAAAUGUGACCUAUUUAUUACUUUUGUCCCAGGCUUGUGAAUUCCCCCCUUUUUCUUUGUUGGUUUUUUCCCCCUUUUGGCUGCUCCAGAAAUGUACCAAAGCAUAAGAAAUGUUUGCUCCUGUUGGUUUAUUUUUGAGGAAAGGAAAACUAAACACCAUCUUGGAUGGGAGCUACGGCUUCUUUGCAGGGAGCUGCAGUCAUGAGCUGACCGGGCAAGCCUCUUCCCCCUCUCUGUGACUCAGUUUCCCCAUCUGGAAAACAAGGGGGAGCCCCGAUGCUACAUCCCCUUUGGUUCUUAUGUUUCGUGUCCGACUCUUGGUAUUCCAUGUUCUCAGGGCCCUCCCAGCUCUGCUUUCUGGGACUCUUUGUUCUAGCUGCAAGGUGUUCACUUUGUUGCCUUCUGAGGGAUGACGGAUACAUGGUUUCCUCCAGGCUCGUAAAGCAUCCUGGAUACAGUAUCGCAAGCUCUCAUGUAGCACUUUGGGGCAGCCAGACUGCACAGAGCUGAGUCAGGAAGCCUCAGCUUCCCCAGUUCAAAUCCAGCUUCAGACAUCUCCUAACUGGGUGACCCUGGACAGGUCACUUCAUCCUGCUUGCCUCAGUUCCCUCAUCUGUAAAAUGAGUUGAAGAAGGAAAUGGCAAAACACUCCACUCUCUCUGCCAAGAAAACCCCAAUGGGAUCAGAAAGGGUUGGACCCGACUGAAAAUGACUGAACAACCACAAAAAUAUAGUACUUUAGAGUCCGCAACAAUGAUCUUGUGAGAUAGGUGCCAUUGUUCCCAUUUUACAGGUGAGGAAAUGAGGCAGACUGAGGUCAAGUGAUAUGUCCAGUGUCAUACACUAGGAGGUAUCUGGGGUAGAAUUUGAACUUCUUCCUGAUUCUCAAAUUCAAUCUGCACUAUUGGGGUGCCCCCUCAUGGACCAUCAGCACCCACUUGUACCUUCGUGUUAUGUCUAUUCUGGGGUGCUGGUGGCUGGGAGGAGAAAGCCGACCAGGAGGCCGCCUCACUGACCAAGGGCUGGCGCUUUAUUCUUUGCCAACCCAGAAAUGGCCAUCCCGGGGGCUUUCCUUUUCAUUACGCUUUCCUACCUCUCUGGUGGAAGCAAGCGGGGCUGGCCCAAUGGAAGGCCAAGGAGCCAGGCCUGUGGCUCUGCCCAAAAUGGUUCCGGUCAGUCUCCUGGCUUCUCGGGGCUGGGCUUCCUCACCAAUUAUAAAACAAGGGGCUUGGUCUAGGCUGACUCUUCCAGCUCCAACAGUCUGUGAUUCUAGAUCUCCCCCCUCCUGGGUGAAGGGUCAUCCAUAAAGGCCUGCGGGCUCUUAGUCCCAAAGGAACUGCCUCUCCCAGCCUGGGACUCGUGGAUGGAGAAGAGGGGCAGGGGAGGACGGAGCUGGAUGGGAAGCAGGAGGGGAUUGUGCUGGUCGGGACUGCCCGUAUCUUCCGAGUCCCGCCCAGCAUCCCUCAGCAGAUGUCCCAGCGGGCAGCUGAACCUGCGCCUGCUUCACAAGAUGCCGGGAAGAGCUUUGCCCCCGAGGACAAAAGCACGAGCGAUCUCCCGGGCCCAGAGACAAGGCUAGCCUGGGUUCACAGACACAGAAGUGACUUUACAGGACCUUUAGUCCUGCCCUCUUACUUUCCAGAGCGGGAAGCAGUCUCAGGGAAGAGAAGUGGCUUGUAGCUAACAUUUCUAUAGCACAAAGCACUUUAUGUAUUGUAUCUAAGUGGAUUUGGUCCUCACAGUAACUGUGUGAGGGGGUGCUAUUAUUAUGCCCAUUUCACAGAUGAAUGUGACUUGCUAGUGUCUGAAGCAGAAUUUGAACUUGGGUCUUCCUCUCUCCAGGUCCAUCCCUUAGCUGGGAGGUUGCUUGCCCCAUGUCACCCAGCAGGAUUGGGGUGCAAGCCCAAGCCUCCCGGCUGUGGCGCAUGUUUUCCUCGGCUCAGUGCUGGAAGAGGAAGGAGCUGAGAUCCAGUCGCCAGGGUAGGGCAGCCGGCAGCUCCAGGGCACCAAAGAAAUGAGGCUGAGUGAAAAGAAACUGGGCUUCGAGGGAAGCCACGUAUUUGCUGGUGGCAGAAAUCAGUGACCCGUGGCCUUCACGGAGCACUUUGAGGUCUCCAGAGCACUUUGCAGAUAUGAUUUCACUGAUCCCCACAACAACCCUGGGAGAGAGAGAGAUGCUAUUAUUAUCCCCAUUUAACAGGUGAGGAAACUGAGGAAAACAGUGUCUGAAGUUGGAUUUGAACUCAAAUAUUCCUUACUUUGGGCCCAGGGCUUCUAACCAGUGGUCCACCCAACUGUUUUCUAAGAACGACUUUUUCCGAGGAACGUGGCAUAAUGCAAUAGAAAGAGCCCUGGGCUUGAUCUCAUGGGUGAGGUUGAGACCUAAUUUACUAUUUUCUACCUGGGUGACCUUAAACAAGUCAUUUCCCUAAGUCUCAGUUUCCUCAUCUGUAACAGGAAGGGUUGUAUAGAUAGCCUCUGAGGUCGCUUCUAAAUCUACAUAAGCUUUGUAUGAUCCCAUUUUACAGGUAGGUAAAUGUAGCUUCAGGUUGUCAAGGCAGUGCAACAGGCACUGGGAGGAAGACUACUCACUUUGGGGAGUCGGGAUUCACCUGUCUCUGUCGGGCAAGAUUUGAACGCAGCUCAUAGUCCUAGAGAAUCAUGACUGAAUUGGAAGGAGAGAGAACCCACAUGAGGGACAGUUCUAAGUGGCUUGCCCAAGGUCUUACAGGUGGGAAGUAACAGAAUAGAGAUUUGAACCUGGGUCCUCUGACUUGUAAAACUAUAUAUACAUCUUCCUCAUUAGGAUGUCAGCUCUUUGUAAGUAGGGAUUGCUCCAUUCAUCCUAUUGUGUUUCCAGCUAACACAGUGCCUAGCACAUAGUAGGUGCUUAAUAAAUACUAGACUAAUUGGUUCAAAGCCAGUUUUCUUUCCCUCUACUUCUGCUCGAGGAUUCCUGUUCAGGGAAUGGGUGAUGGCUUUCUGUUCAGGGAAGCAUUGGAUGUGACGGCCCUUGGGCUCCCUCUCCUGAUUCUGAGGUCCAUGAUGCUCCUGCCCAUAGUGGGAUUUUGUUCGGAGUUCAGGGUUAGUCAGUGGGUCAACAAUUCCGAGGAGCCGAUUAUGUGUCGGGCUAAGAGCUGGGGACAAAAAAAGGCACAAAUAGUCUCGGCCUUCAAAUAAUCCCUUCUGAUGGGGACGACCACAUGGGGAUGACCGUCUACAUACAAGAUAUGGGGCUCUCUCAGAGGGAAGGUGCCGGCCUUGGCCAUCCAUCCCAGGGGUGUCAAACUCCAGUAGAAAUGGGGGCCACUAAACUGGAUUUAAGGAUGGCCUUCAGCGGAAUAUUAAUGUAGAAAUCCAUAUAUUCACAUUAUCUGUGUUCUAUAUAUUUAUUAAAUUUUUAUUUAUAUUGCUAAAUAGUUCCCAAUUAAAUUUUAAUCAGUUUGGGCCCUCUCGGGAGUGGCCUUGGGCACUCUGCUUGGGAAUUUUGAGGGUGGGAAGGGAAUCCUCCUGCUCCUCACACCUAGCUAGCUCUCCUCUGGAAAUGGAGACCCAUUCUACAUAUUAUAUCUCUCUUAUGUUAGAGGAAGGAAGAGAGCCCAGGGAAAGCAACCUUUCGGUCAUAUCGUGGUUCUCCUACGGACAAAAAUGGAAUGCUAUGUGACCUCUCUGUGCCUCAGUUUCUUUAUCUGUAAAAUGGGGAUCAUAAUAGCGCCAGCCUCCCAGGGAUAUUUUAAGGAUAAAAUAUUUGUGACGUGCAUUGCCAACCUUAAAACUGCACAUUAAUGCCAUUAUUGGCAAGUAUUGAAACAUAUACACAAGAAAAAAACAAAUCAAGAGAAAGAAAACCCAAUAAACUUACCCAAAAUCAAUUGAACUGAUGAAUAACCAACAAGGAUUUCUUAAGUGCCUUUUAUGUACGUGGUGCUGGUUAUGCAAAAACAAAAAUGAGACAGCUUCUGACUCUAGGAGUCUGCCGUCUCCUGGAAUGGGAUUCAGAAGUUCAGAAUUGGUAUUCCCGGUCACCCGGCUGGUAAAUGUCAGGGGCAGGGACAACCUGGAGACAGCUCCCAUAAACCUCAGGGGCAGAUUGUUCAGUUUUUAGGGUGAGCAUUUUACACCUUGGAAAUCAGUCAACACUACAAAUUAAGGCUGGAGUUAUUGUUUUUUGGAUGUCUAGACUUGGGAAAGUGACAGAGAAAACAUAUUAAUGAUGUAGAUCAAACUGAAAAGUGUAUUUGGAUCCAAGGUUUUUUUCAGGGGUGGGGAGAGGAUAGAUGGGGGGGGGGGGCGCGCAGAGCCAGAUGUUAAACAUUUACCAGCACACACAAUUCAAACCCGGGUACCGCACUGUAAAUAAAUGUAAAUCUAACUGUAAGCUUUUGUUAUAUAGUAUAGAAAUGAUUUGUUUUUAAAUUUAUGAUAGCAUUGGCUUGUGAAUCCUUCUAGAGUGUUUUAUUACAAUACAACUCAUUAACGGCCUUUUCAAUGGCUCUUUCUGACGUUCCUUUAUUUAAUCUAUUUCUCGUUUUGUGAAUUGGGGGAUUUUUAUAGUUUUGUGAAUAUUCAUGUCUUUUUUUUAGUCUCAGUUUGUUGGUAUAUGACAAUGUGUAAUAGUCACUGAGAAUUUUUUUUAUCUCUUCUCCAUUCUUGUGAUCUCUCUAAUUUUAUUUUUUAUUUUAAUAGAUUGGUCUUUUCUUUUCAUUUUAAUUAAAUUUGUAAUGGUUUAUUAAUUUUAUCGUUCUUUUCAGGAACCCAACUUUGUUAUGUAUAUAUUAAUUUACUUGUUCUCAGUUUUGUUAAUUUCUCCUUUCGCGGGCUUAGCAUAAGGAUAUUAAUUUGUUGAUUUUCUCAUUUUAGCCGCGAACCCAACUCACUAAUCUCCCCUUUUUGUCUUUUGCUAAUACAAAUGAUCAGGGAUACAACUUUUCCCCUGAGAAAUACUUGAGCUGCAUCCCAUAAAAUUUGAUUUGUUGUAUUCAUAGUCAUUAUCUUUACUGUAGUUGAAAAAAUAUUUCUAUAAUGUAUUCUUUGACCCAAGCAUUAUUUAGCAAUUCAUUUUUUUUUUUUUUUUUGGUCCCAAAAGACAGACUUCAAAUUUCUGCCUUUUUGAGUCUGAAUUCACCCUGUCAGUCACUCAGAGUAAUAAAAUUUUAAAGCAUU